GCUCCUUCCUCUGCAUGUGGCUGGCGGCUGCAGAGCAGUUCCGUUCGCACGCUCCUCACAGCCCGCGUCUCCUUCGGGUUCUCCUCGCGUCACUGGAGCCAUGGCGUUGGCCGAGACCAAGCCGGCGGCAUCCUCCCUGCCCAACGGCGACUGCGGCCGCCCCAGGGCGCGGCCCGGAGGGAACCGGGUGACCGUGGUGCUCGGGGCGCAGUGGGGCGACGAAGGCAAGGGGAAGGUGGUGGAUCUGCUGGCGCAGGACGCCGACAUCGUGUGCCGCUGCCAGGGAGGAAAUAAUGCUGGCCAUACAGUUGUUGUGGAUUCUGUGGAAUAUGAUUUUCAUCUUUUACCCAGUGGAAUAAUUAACCCAAACGUUACUGCCUUCAUCGGAAAUGGUGUGGUAAUUCAUCUACCCGGAUUAUUCGAGGAAGCAGAAAAAAAUGUUAAAAAAGGAAAAGGUCUGGAAGGCUGGGAAAAAAGGCUUAUCAUUUCUGACAGGGCUCAUAUUGUAUUCGAUUUCCAUCAAGCGGCUGAUGGCAUCCAGGAACAGCAGAGACAAGAGCAAGCAGGAAAGAACUUGGGGACCACGAAAAAGGGCAUCGGUCCGGUUUACUCUUCCAAAGCUGCUCGGAGCGGGCUCAGGAUGUGCGACCUCGUUUCGGAUUUCGAUGGCUUCUCGGAGAGGUUCAAAGUUCUGGCAAACCAGUACAAAUCUAUAUACCCCACUUUGGAAAUAGACAUUGAGGGUGAAUUGCAAAAACUCAAGGGUUACAUGGAAAGGGUUAAACCCAUGGUGAAAGAUGGAGUCUACUUCCUGUACGAGGCCCUACAUGGACCACCAAAGAAGAUCUUAGUAGAAGGUGCGAAUGCGGCCCUCCUAGAUAUUGAUUUCGGAACUUACCCUUUUGUAACCUCCUCUAACUGUACGGUGGGAGGCGUCUGCACGGGGUUGGGCAUGCCCCCCCAGAAUGUCGGAGAAGUGUACGGAGUUGUGAAAGCCUACACAACCAGAGUUGGCAUCGGUGCCUUCCCCACGGAGCAAGACAACGAGAUCGGAGAGUUACUGCAAACAAGGGGUCGGGAGUUUGGUGUAACUACUGGAAGGAAAAGAAGGUGUGGCUGGUUGGACCUCGUUUUGCUUAAAUACGCCCACAUGAUUAAUGGAUUCACUGCGUUGGCACUUACCAAAUUGGAUAUUUUGGACAUGUUCACAGAAAUCAAAGUCGGAGUCGCUUACAAGUUAGAUGGUGAAAUUAUACCUCAUUUCCCAGCAAACCAAGAAGUCUUAAAUAAAGUUGAAGUUCAGUAUAAGACUCUUCCAGGAUGGAACACAGACAUAUCAAAUGCAAGGACGUUUCAAGAACUACCUGUUAAUGCACAAAAUUAUGUUCGAUUUAUUGAAGAUGAGCUUCAAACUCCAGUUAAGUGGAUUGGUGUAGGGAAAUCCCGAGAGUCUAUGAUUCAACUCUUCUAAGGAUCUCCAGGGAUGCAAGAAACACUCCUCGAAAGGGGGAAAGGACUUUCUUAAAUGUGUCAUUGAUGUUCUCCAACUUUCAAGAAGGCAGACAUUGCCGGGAGCUGUGAGCCCUGCAGCCGUUUCCAGCCUCGGAAGGUGGGUGCGGGGGCGCAGAGGAGCUGCGCAUGCUCCAGCGCCGGCCUCCUUGGCCGGAGGCGUCGCCGAGUCCUCUGCCGCUCCUGCUGCUCUUGGUGCCGCGUCUCCAUUAAUGUUUAGAAAUAGAAUUUACGUGGUUUGAAAUCUAAAAUAGAAUUGCUUUCAGUGUAGUUUUCCUUCAUUCCUGUCGAUGUGUGUUCAUAGGAUUUACCUCUAUUAAAUGAUAAGAACAAUGAAUGCGGUUUUGCACAAGUAUUUUUACAUUCUGAUCCGUCAGCUCCGUCAUUGUAAUCUUUGCUGUUAGGAGAAGUGACGCGGGAGGAGUUCUGUAAACUUUUGUACUGCUGUCAUUCUGUUUCAGUUGUGAACUGUUUGUUUUCUGCUGAGACCAUUGCGAAUUUGAGCUUUGGCGGGGGGUGGUGGGGAGGGUAUUCAUGGAUCCUUUAAUUUGUACAGAACACGAAACUUAUUUCUCUCUAUAAAUUAUUUAAUACAUUGAACGUUUAGGUAAAUGUUCAAAGAAAAAGGUGUUCCCUAAAACAAUACUGCUAAUGUUAAAAAAUUGUCAUUAAAAGAUCUAUUGUGAUA